AUUGUAAAAGAUAAAAUAAAAAAAGCACAAGUUACGUCAAGAUCAAUCCCAAUUUGUGGUUUUAGCCAGUUGAAUAAUCGAAAAAAGACUAAUUUAUUAAUAAUAUCACAGUUUAUUUCACAGUUAAAUGUAGUUAGUACGUCAAUGAAAUGUGGUAAUGGCUUAGUGGUGUCAGUCAAGUUUGGUUGAACAUAAAGUGGCGGUGCAAUAAAAGUUCUGCAUCUGUAAAGCGGUGUGUGCUCAACCGGUCCAAGGUGUAUAACGCUUCCUAACUUCCGCAUGUGGCAGUAGCUUCGCUCAGAUUUGAACCAAGUUCAAAACAUUUUUGGUUAACUGCAACGCUUCAUAUUCACCACGUCGUGCGCGGCCUUAACCACACUACUACCAACACAGGCUUGAGAUCUACAUACAUAGAUGAUAUUAUGGCUCGUACGAGUUCACCACAGCGCAGCCGCGAACUAUCCACAACGUAGCUGAUUGAGCCAAGUGAACGAGUUUCCAUUGCCGCUGCUGCAGUUUCUUAAGCUCUCUUUCGACCUGCCUUACUACUUGGCAGCCGUCACAUUGUAAUAAGCUGCGUGAGCCACCGACGCUGUCAGCGACAACAGACACUUUGUUGGAGCUGCUGGAGUCAGACGCAAGUAAUCGUCGUUCCGUGGUCGUCUUUAACGUAUUUCAAUUACUAAGUCACUGUGCGUGUGCAGCAAAUUUCAUAUUAUGUGCAAUAGAGUUUACAAGUGAUAAUCGAUGCUAAAUAAAAAGGAAAUUAUUUUCUAAAUAAUAUUUGAUUUCGCGUGCAUUUACGAGUUAUCAACAAAAAUUAAAAAAAAAAAAACAACGAAAACAUAAGCUAGUGACAUGUGUCCUUAUAUGAAUAAUUAAAAAAAGUUUAACCUAUAAAGGACCUCCUAUUGGCCAGCGGGCGACCUUAAACAAUCCAUAAAAAGUCCCAUAAAAAUAAAAGUAAAAGGUGUAUACCAAUGAAGGGCAUAGAAAUUAUUUUAUAAACCCGUUGAACACAUCCUACGAGUAUAAUAAAUAAUAUAAGCAAAAUACAAAAAAAUUAUAAAAAUAAAAACGCCUAGGAAAGUGUUACAUCCGAAUCUUUGCAUAUAUUUAAACUUGAAGCAAUACAUUUGUACGAAAAUGGCCUGUUUAAGCACUUCCGGUCGUCGAGGACUUAACGUUGUCGUCGGUACUCGAAACCACCAAACUCAAAAAUAUCUUUGCCAAUUAUUUUUGCAACAAAAAAUCAACAGAUCGUUUUGCUCAAGCGCAGCCAUCGCUACCGCGUUGCUUGGGAAAAGCGCUACAGGCCACAUGUCCUCGCUGUUGCCACAGCGCAAGUUUCAUGGAGUGGGUGUGGUAAUGCAACGUAACACCGCCAUGACAGCAGGACAGGAUUAUUUUGCCAAUUUGCAGCACACAAGCGGAACCUGCAACAGCAACAGCAGCAGCAGCACAACAAGCACAAACAACUCAAAUGCAAAUACUAAAAGCUCUAAUCCUACAACAAUAACAGGCAGUUGCCGUCAAUAUAGUUCGGUGCAUACGCAACAGCCAGCUGGGCCGGUGCGAGAGCUACAAAUCGAUCCUUACAUCAUAAUUGAAGACGAUCUGAAAUAUUUCUACGAUGAUGUCAGAGACCUCCUGCGGCAGGGCACGAGUCAGACUGAAUUGGAUAAGAUCGCCACGUACUACUUCGACGGCCAGGGCAAAGCGCUGCGACCAAUGGUUACUAUGCUGAUGGCCAGAGCGAUAAACUACCAUUUAAAUAAGGAAUCAAGCAAUUUGCUGCACAAACAAAGAUUCAUUGCGCUCUUCUCCGAAAUGGUCCACUCAGCAAGUCUGGUGCAUGACGAUGUCAUCGAUCAAUCGGAUUUUCGACGCGGCAAGCCAAGCGUGAAUGCGUUGUGGAAUCAUAAAAAGGUUACAAUGGCUGGUGAUUACAUUCUGUCAAUUGCAUCGAUUAUGAUUGCACGUCUGAAGAGCGACGAUGUGACGAUUGUUCUAAGUCAGAUUUUAACCGAUCUGGUUCAAGGCGAAUUCAUGCAACUUGGCUCAAAGGAAACCGAAAAUGAACGGUUUGCGCACUACCUGACCAAGACAUACAGGAAGACGGCCUCACUCAUAGCGAACGCGCUGAAAGCGACGGCCGUAAUUGCUGAAGCUGAUGAAAACAUCACCGAAUUGGCAUUCCAAUAUGGCCGCAAUGUAGGCUUGGCGUUUCAGCUGGUCGACGAUAUGCUGGACUUUGUCUCCUCCGCGGAUACAAUGGGCAAGCCAACGGCCGCUGAUCUAAAAUUGGGUCUCGCCACGGCGCCGGUGCUCUUCGCAUGCGAAAAGUAUCCCGAACUCAAUCCGAUGAUAAUGCGCAGAUUUACCGAACCCGGUGAUGUCGAACGUGCCUUCGAACUAGUCCACAAAUCGCACGGACUCGAACAGACGCGCUUCUUGGCCAAAAAGCACUGCAUCGAAGCGAUACGAUUGACGCAGGAGCUGACCGAGUCGCCAUACCAAAAGUGUCUGCAAGUGGUGGCGGAUUUAGUCAUUAACCGUAUGAAAUAAUAGUUUAAGUCUGGGUGCAGGGGGCAGCUGGUGCAACAAAAAAUGUGCAACAUAAAGAAAAUAAUAACAAAAAAUAAAUAACGCAACUACACACCGUGGGUGGCUUUGCCAAAUAAACAAACAAACACAUUUGGAAAGAUUCAUAAAUUCAAUACACUUACACAUUUAUAUAUGUAUAAUAUAUUGUAUAUGCACACACACACAUAUACAUGUAUACAUUAAUUUGUAAUUAUAAUAAAAAUAAUUAUAAAACGAAAAAAAGAGUCCAAAAUAAAUUAUAAAUAGAUUUUAUAUGCAAAAAUAUUAUGUUAGCAAAAAAUAUAAAAAAAAUAUAUAUAAAAAAAUACACACACACAAACACAAAGUAAAUAUGUAACAAGCAGCGCAAAAAUUAAACGAUUGCAAUUUGUUCGACUUUUUGUAUGUAUGUUUAUGCAAGUUACUUGAAAUUUGGCAAACAACAAAAUCGGACAAAUAUUUGCACAAAUUUGCUAAUAAACCGAGGUAAAUUACAAAAAAAAAAAAAAAAAAAAUCAUGCAAUUUUUUCUAGUUUAAAACACAGAAAUAUUAUUUUAAUAAUGUUAUGCUUUAGUGUGUAAGUCUUGUUGACAUUGUAAAUAAUUUAUAGUAAUUUAAAAGGGAAGAAGAAAAAUACAAAAUGAAAAAAAUCAUGCAGCCAAUGAGUUGGACCAAACAAUGAAGGAUGAAUAUGCACACACAGAAGUGGUAGUUGCUCUAUAUGUAUGUGUGUUUGACACUCAUUUGGAUAACUAACAAACCAACUAACUCAAAAACAACAACAAAAUCAUUCACUGAUAUACCUAAAAGGCCAGCAAACAAACAAAAAACAAGCAAACAAAAAAAUAAGCAAGCAAAAUGGGCGCAAUAUUGGUUAAAAUUUAAUUUAGUUUGUAAUGUAUUGAAAAAAUGUAAUAAUUUAAAUUAAAAAAUAUAAAGCUGUCCAUAUGUACAUAACCAUUGUACAAAGCAGAAGCAGUUGAAGCGGUUAGCCUAAGAAUAUGUAAAAGAAAUUAUGACAAAUGUGUUCGUGAAAAAACGUGAAAGUGUAACUAAAGAUAUUUGAGAAACGAUUUUUUAUAUUUGUAUGCACCUAUGUACUAUAUACAUAUAUAUGUAGAGACGAAAAGUCAAGACUAUAAAAAGCUGAGAAUUGUUUAAAGUUAAAAUUUGUUUGUAUAUAAUAUAAUUUGAAAAGUUGUUAACGACAUUAGUUGCUUGCGCGCGCCAGGAAAGUGGCUCGGAAAAUUAUGCGUAAAAAGAAAAAAUUGCCAGUAAAAAUGAAAAAAUAACUUUUUGCUGAAUUAAUUUAUGUUAAGAGUUAUGCUUCUUUUUUUUUUUUUAAACUUAUCGCGCUACAAGCGCAUGCAGGCGAGCCAGUGAGAGUGAGUAAUGGCUAUAAUGGAGAGUAAUAGAUAAUUAAAGAAAAACUUUUGGAAAGAUUCUACAUCUACUAAUUGGCGGCUACUCGCCUAGCGACGGCAGCGCACGCACACAUUUUAGUCAAACUUUAUUUUUGGUCAAUUUCUAAAAUUAAAAAAAAAAAAAAAAAUUUAAUAAAUUUAAAAGAAAUU